UUAUAACACCCUCAGCCUAAUACUCUUUCUCCUUCACAACUCAUCUCUUUCUUCCCUAUCCUUCAAAUCUAAACUCCUAAAUGAGAGAGAUCUUGCACGUUCAGGGAGGCCAAUGCGGCAACCAGAUUGGCUCUAAAUUCUGGGAGGUCAUCUGCGAUGAACAUGGAGUCGAUCCUACCGGAAGGUACACAGGUGAUGGCUCUUCUGAUCUUCAAAUUGAGAGGAUCAAUGUGUAUUACAAUGAGGCAUCCGGUGGAAGGUAUGUUCCUAGGGCCGUUCUAAUGGAUCUUGAACCGGGCACCAUGGACAGUAUUAGAUCCGGUCCUUAUGGACAGAUCUUCAGGCCUGAUAACUUUGUUUUUGGGCAAUCUGGUGCUGGAAAUAAUUGGGCCAAAGGUCAUUACACAGAAGGAGCUGAGUUGAUCGAUUCUGUUCUUGAUGUUGUUCGCAAAGAGGCUGAGAAUUGUGAUUGCUUGCAAGGCUUUCAGGUAUGCCACUCACUUGGAGGGGGCACAGGUUCAGGAAUGGGAACUCUGCUCAUUUCAAAGAUCAGGGAGGAAUACCCAGACAGAAUGAUGCUCACGUUCUCUGUUUUCCCUUCACCAAAGGUAUCAGACACAGUGGUGGAGCCAUACAAUGCAACACUUUCUGUGCAUCAGUUGGUGGAGAAUGCUGAUGAGUGCAUGGUACUUGACAAUGAAGCGCUUUAUGACAUCUGCUUCCGGACUCUAAAGCUGAGCACUCCAAGCUUUGGUGACCUGAACCACUUGAUCUCUGCAACAAUGAGUGGUGUAACAUGCUGUCUGAGGUUUCCAGGACAACUCAAUUCAGACCUGAGGAAGUUGGCUGUCAACCUGAUUCCUUUUCCACGACUCCACUUCUUUAUGGUAGGAUUUGCACCACUCACUUCUCGAGGGUCCCAGCAGUACAUCUCCCUCACUGUCCCCGAGCUUACUCAGCAAAUGUGGGAUGCCAAGAACAUGAUGUGUGCUGCUGACCCCCGCCAUGGCCGCUACUUGACUGCCUCAGCCAUGUUUAGGGGAAGGAUGAGCACCAAAGAGGUGGAUGAACAAAUGAUUAAUGUCCAAAAUAAAAAUUCAUCAUAUUUUGUGGAGUGGAUUCCGAACAAUGUGAAGUCCAGUGUUUGUGAUAUACCACCCAAGGGAUUGAGGAUGGCAUCGACAUUUGUUGGGAACUCCACAUCAAUCCAGGAGAUGUUCAGGAGGGUGAGUGAGCAGUUCACAGCCAUGUUCCGUCGCAAGGCCUUCUUGCAUUGGUACACUGGAGAAGGGAUGGACGAGAUGGAGUUCACUGAAGCAGAAAGCAACAUGAACGAUUUGGUGGCAGAGUACCAGCAGUACCAGGAUGCGACUGCCGAGGAUGAUGUUGAGUAUGAGGACGAGGGCGUUGAAGAGAAUUAUGAGGGCUAAGUGUAUUGUAAGGAAUGGCUAUUUUCUUCAGAAUUGGAUUGAGGUUUGACGAGUCACCCUCACUUGUUCAUGUAUCUAGUAAGUACUAUGUGGCUGUCGGUAUUUUGUUAUCGUUUUGUUAUUGUUGGUUUGUUAUGUAAUAAGGGAUUUUAUGUUUGAUUGUACUUGCUUAGAAAGUGCCGAGACUUAUGUUGUUUUCUGUUAACACUUUGCUAAAAAGUGUUCGGAAAUUACUUGCUGGAAGCUAUACGGUGUGAAUUGAAUUUGAUUGCAAAUCACAAUGAGUUUCAGACAA